AUGAUCAAUAUGCAUGAAAGAAAAUCUCUGACUGACAGAUAGAAACUUUAAAGUGAUCCUAUUUCUUUUUAUAUUUGGCAUAUAAUCUCAGAAUAAUUAUAGAUAUUUGUCUCAUACAUUUUUCGUGCUGCAAAGUUAAUUUAGAUCAGCAAAGAGCAUAACACUCUAUUAAAUAAACUUCCUAUUCAACUUAAAAAAAUGAUUAAUUGGGAAGAUGAUUCUAAGGAGGAUAUAUAAGAAAAAAUAUAUAUUAAAAUAGAAGAACUAUUAUAAAUAGAGCGCAGUUAAUUUUCUAAUAAAAUUGAAGGAAUUAGGGAAAUUGUACAAAAAGAAUAUGAAAAAGUAAAUUAUUCAUUUAUUAUAGUACAAAAUGAUAAAUAAUUCUAAUUAGGAAUCUCUCUAGGCUUAAAAUAUAAGUAGAUUCUCUGCAUUUUCAAAAGGUAAAAAGGAAGAUAGAUCAAAUUAAAUAAUAAAUAUAAGUGAGAAUACAUUUCUUUAGGAUAUUAGUUAUAUUUAAAAUUAGGAAAGAAAAUUAAAGUUUAAAGAGCAAAUUGUGAAUCCUACUAAGACUUAUUAUAAAUAAUUAUCAAGAGUACAAACUAAUAUAUUAAAUAAAAUAAAUAAAAUAGCUUCUUUUUAAGAUGUUCGAUUCUAAAAAUUGGAAAAAAUUAGAUAGGUAUAAAUACAAAUUUAUAUAUAGAUUGAAAGUACGAUAGAAGAAAAGUUAGAAUCAGUUUAUUCAAAAUUGUUAGAAUCAUCUCAAAAACUCCUACAAUUAGAUUAGACUCAAUCCUAGAGGCAUAUAUAAAUUAGGAAAUGUAUACGUCCAACAUAAAUUAAUAAUACAAAUACUUAGCGUCUUAAUUUACAAUAAUUAAUUUAAACUAAAAUUUUUGGAAAUUCCUCAUAGUUAAAAUAAAAUAGAUUAUAAAUAAGUUAAAAUCCAAUUUAAUUAAAAUCAUAAAUUCAUUUGAAACUUGAAUAAUAAAUAAAAUCUAAUUAAUUAUGUCAAGAAAAAGUAGAAAAAGCUAAAAUUAUUUAAAAUUAUUUUAGAAAAUAUUUAUAAAAUAAAUAAAAAAUAAAGGUAAUUGAUAAAAAAUAGCCUCCAAAGACUAUAAUUCAUCAUUUUAAAUUAGAUAUAAAUAGAAUUGGUAGUUAAUCAAAUCAUACUUCAAAUAGUACAUAAAGAUAAAAGAAAGGUGUUGUAAUGAUAACUCAAUAAAACAUAAUUUCAUUUUUAUAAAGAUAAAAAUCUUUAAGUAAAAAAGGAUAUUAAGAGAAAUUGUAGCAUGCAAAAUAAAAAAAAAUACAAUAAGCAAUUGAAUAAAAUGAUAUAAAUAUCAUUAUAAAUUCAGGAUUUAAUUUUGGAUAGGAAGAUUAUAAUUCAAAAGAUGAGUUGUAAAAUACACCUUUGUUUUAUUGUGCAAAGAAAGUAAAUCAAGUUUGAUUUAGAACCUCUAUGAAUUUUGUCGAUUUCUUUUGUAAAAUGGUGCGAACCCAAAUAUAAAGUGUUCCUAAGGAUAAACUGCCACCCAUUAAGCGUGCUAACAUAAAAACUCUGUUCUUUUGAAUUUAUUUACUGAAUAUGGUAAUUAAAAUUUAAUAUUAAAGGUGCUGAUUUCAAUAUGCCAGAUAACAAAGGUGUAAUUGCUUAAGCUUUACUUGAAAAGGAACAGAGUCCUAUUCUCUAAAAUCAAAAAAAUUUAUAAUUAAAUAUCAAAAAUGUUACCUCUCCAUAAUUUGAUGAGUUUCUAGUAAUGUGA